AUGACGCAUAAUCAUGAAAUCUUCGACUUUAGAAAUCGUAUCAUUCGGAAAACUGCCAUCUACAGUAAUCCUGUUGUGAGAGAUACACAAGUUCUCAUAGUGAACGGUAUGUGUUUUCCAGAAGACCUCCAACAGAUUCCCAAUCGACGUGUUCUAUUUUCGAAACCUCACAAGGAAUCAACGAUGAGUCGAAUCCUACCCGAGAUGGUCAAUAUGUGGAGACGCGACACACCAGUCAUUGGUACUCACUUCGAAUUCAAUAUGGAAGAACAUUUCUGGGACGAUGCGUUUUUCGAUGAUAUUGAAUAUUUGCCCGGCGCCAGAAAAGGUCGGCUUCCAGAAACGAGGUAUGCAAACUCAUUCAUACUUGCAAAACAGCCGAAACGGGCCGGCUCGUAA